AGUAAACUCGGUAAAAAUCUGUUGAAUAGUACGUAUUCUUACUUUUUAGGAAGAAAUAAUUAAUUCAACAUUUCUGUAUGAUAUAAAAUUUUCGAAGAAUCCUAUUCAACAAGAUUUCUUUGAAGAAUAUCAAAGAACAGUGGAAAACAAAUAAUAAUAAUACCAACCUUAUAUAUAUAUUAAUACAAAUAUACAUAUACAUACGUGAACUAGUCUAUUCUCCAAUAUUUACAUUUAUCCAUCGAUAUAAUUGAUAUUCAUUUAGUGUAUGUACUAUUAGUUAUUAUAAUAGCCGAGUGUUUUUACAAAGUACUCCCCUUUACUUUUUCUUUCCUUAAAUAUCUCUCCUAUCAUAUGUAUAUGUAAGUGUAUAUGUAUACGUUGGUAUUUUAUUUAAACUAAACGUUAACAUCAUUUGAGCACAUUAUGUACAAUAGAAUACAUCAAGUUUAUUUUCGUUUAAUUCAAUCUAUCUAGAAGCAGUAUUUAUAAUAAUUAAAUUAUAGUUGAUUUGAUUCCAUUAAUUCAAUAAAUAUAUUAAUACAAAAAAAAUUAUGUCAGAUAAAGCAAGUUCCUGUGAUUCAUCUGAUUUCUCUGAUGGUUAUCCAACAACAACAACAAUUAGUACAGUUGCAUUACAAGCUGGUAAUGCACGUAUUGUACUUGCUGUAUUACGUUGUGGAAGUUGGAUACGUGUUCGAAUUCAACGUAUGGAGCCAGAUCUUUAUGAUAUUGGUGCAAAUGCUGAUGAAGCCCGUUCAUUACAUGAAAUACAUCAACAUUUAUGUACUAAAUUAGCGUCGAAACAAGAACAAAUAUCAGAACUUUUAUCAAAAGCUGAUGAUUUAGUUACACAACAAACUUCAGAUAACCAAAGUCAAGUGUAUGCAGCAAUGGCUGAAUCAUUAAAUCGUGCUUGGCGUGAUUUACUCGGUAUAUUAACUCAACGUGGAAGAUUAUUAGAUUUAGCUAUGGAAUGCUUUAAUUCAGCUGACAAUGUAAUUCAACAAGCUGAAAGAGUUGAACAUUUAUGCAUUACUGGUAGUUGGGGUCAUGAUAUCAGUUCAGUUCGUCGUUUAAUUGAAGAACAUGAAAAUCUAAAACGUACUGGUUUGUUAGAACCAUCUCAUAAUCUCCUGAAUUCAGCUAAUAAUUUAUUAGAACUACUUGGUCGUAUGUCAAGCCAAACUGGCAGUUCAACUUCUACAUCAAACACUGGUCCUAGACAUGCAAGUGUUGUAGCACGUGAACACGUAGCUGCAAUUACUUCAAAAGCUGGAAUGACUAGAAGACAUGCAGAAGAUAUUUGGAACCGUCGUGAUCAUCUACUUCAAUUAAGAUUAACUGUUGUUUCUAUGGAAGCAGAAUUAGAACGUAUUGUUGAUUGGUUUGUAAAGACUGGUGAACCACGUUUUUCAGACUUACAAGUUGGAACAAGUUUAUCUGAAUGUCAAACUAAUUUAGAUAGACUGAUGACAUUAGCAGACGAAGUACGUGAUUUACAAAGUGCUCAUUCACAUUUAACUCAAGAUCUUCAUCAAGCAACAACUACCGAUUCUUGGCGUAGAAAACGUGAAAAAAGUGUUUCUGAAAUAUUACGUGCACAAGAACAAGAAUUAGGAAUUCAUUCUACAUCAUUAAGUAUGGAUGUAGAUAAUGAAAAUGAAUUGAAAAGUAUUCAUGAUUCCGAUACAUGGCGUGUUACACAUGGUGCAUAUUCUGAAUUAAUUACACGAUUAAGAACUACUGAAUCUUAUAUUUGGGAAUUUUUAGAUCGAAUUGAAAAUCGAAGACGUCAAUUGCAUACUAGUGUGAUUUAUUAUAGUGAAGCCAAUGUGUUACUUAGCCAAAUCUAUCAGCUGGAAUCCGAUAUGAAAAGGACACGAGAUCUUCAGCAAACUGGAUUAGAGGAAAUUUAUUAUAAUAAAUUAACUGAUCUAGAAGUACGAGUACCUGGAUUAAAACAAACAAUGAAUGAGUUAAGAACAAGUUAUAAUGAAAAAAUUAGGCCAUCUAAUUUAAGAUCACAACUUGGUGUGACAACCCAAUCUUACGUUGAUGAAUUGGAUCUCACUACAAUAGCAUCAGCUUCAGUUACUGGAAAAAUGCGUGAAGUUGAAGAAGGUAUUACUAGAUGCCGAGAUCUGCUGAACCAACAUAAAGAAUUAACUAUUAAAGUACAGAAACGUGAAGAAACAGAAUUUCGGUUAAAUGAACUGAGCAUGUGGUUAAGUCAAAGGAUUCACCGUUCGCUCGUGGAAUAUGGAAAGUAUGGCACAACAGUCGAACAAGUAGCAGAUUUUGAAGAUGUACAUCGGCGUCUUCAACGUGAGCUGCAAUCUAGAGAACCUGAGUUAGAAGAAUUAAGAAUUGCGAUUAGUCGACUAUCUCCACCUGCUGGUAGAUCGAGCUCACAGGAUCGUUUAAAUGAACUGUCAUCUUGUUGGACACGUUAUAGGCAAAUAAUUCAAUUACGAUUGGAAUUAGCUAGUCAAUUCUCUUCUUUACUAAAGGGUAUACGUGAGAAUGAUGCUCAUUUUAAUUCGACAAUUCAAAAAAUGAAUGAAACUGAUAAAAUAAAAUUAACAACAACUAAUUUAGAUUUUCAUCCAAGUUGGGUAAUUGGUACUGCCGAUACACAACAAAUAGCUGAACGAAUUCGACGUGAAUUAAAUAUGACUACAAGUAGUUUAGAAGAAGAACAAAUAAUCAUUCGUCAAUUUAUCAAUCACAUUACUCAAAGAGCUGAUCAAGAUUUGCAAAUAACCGAAACAGUUCAUUUUUGUCAAGUUCAAUUAGAACUAAAUAAUAAACGUUUAAAUCAAUUACGUGAUUCUUGGGAUAACUGUCAACAAUUAUGGGAUCAAUAUAAACUUGCUCAAGAACAAUGGACUAUAUUUACAGAAACAGCUCAUCGUUUGGAUGAAUCGAUAACAUCAUCACUUUCACGUAUGUCCAGAACACCAUUGCCGAAUCAACCAUAUGAACUUGCAGAAGCUUUAAGGGUUCAUCAUAAUGAGCGCAAUGAAAUAGAUCAUUUAACAUUGAAUUUAAAAACAGAAGCUCAACAAUUAGGCUCCAUGAUUGGUGCACAACCGGAUGAUCAUGACUAUAAUAGUCAAAGUUGGAGAUUUAUUGAAGUUCCGAAUAAAUUCACUUCUGGUCUACCAUUAUCAACUAUGGGAAAACGUUUACGUUCAGAAAUGUGUUUACAAUUAGCUGGUUUAGAAACAAGGUGGAACGCAUGGGAUAAAGCAUGGACAUCAAGAAGUAUACAACUGGAACGACGUGGUACACAUUUUGGACAGUUAACAACUAUUGAGGAGAUAGAAGCAGAAAUUAUUUCAGCUGAAAGAAAAUUACAACAGAUUAUGGGAAUGGUUUCAUUAACUGCACCAUUAUCACAAGUUCAAAUUGCUGAUAGAGAUCUUAGUCAAAUUGAGGCUACGAUACCAGUUUUACACAGUCGAAUACGUUCUAGUGCUCCUGAUAUGAAAUUACAGUUAAUUCAAGGUGAACCAUCACCAACGGAAUAUACUGGAACAAAUAUUGAUUUGUUAAAUGUUUCAAAACGUCAUGAACAUCUUGAAACACGUUUAACAACAUUCACACAAGAAACUGUACGAUGUCGUACUGAAAUUAAUUUAACUCUGCGCUUAUUAAAUGCAGUAGAUACAGCACAGAAAGCCUUAUCACAGAUAACAUUUAAUUUAGAUCGUGUUAAAAAUCAACUACCAGAAAUUUCUUCAGAAAAUCGUUAUCAGAUUGAAGAGAUACGUUUUGAUAUAUCAGAACAAAUUAAUAGAGGACGAGUACUAGCUGAUACACAUAUACCAGUCUUGGAACAAUUAUCUAUUCAAUAUCCACGCCCUAUGGAAGCAAAACAAUUUAUCCAGCCUAUUGUAAAUGAGUUUCAAUCAUCUAUUAAUAAUUUAAAUCAAUUAUCAGAUGAAAUUCGUAUAAGAACAGAACAAUCCAUUAAUUUACAACGUUUACAACCUACACAUGUAUAUGAUGAUCAAAUGAAAGCCACUACACUUACAAUGCCAAUAAAAGCUAAACCACCAAUAAUUAUUAAACCAUUAGAAAAUAUAACUAUAGAAGAAGGUAAAAAAAUUAUUAUGGAAACAAUAUUUGAUUCUGGUCUUCCACCAGACGCUAACCCGUAUGAUACUAAUCAAUUACAAGUAACUUGGUACAAAGAUGGAAUACCUGUAGUUACUCCAGACUAUGAAGUUAAUUUAACAGAGAACACAGCAAGUUUGAAAAUAUCUGAAACUUUAAAUGAAGAUAAUGCUAUAUUCACAUGUUAUAUUAGUACACCAUAUGGUAAAGCUGAGACAAAAUGUACGUUAACAAUAAUAGAUACAAUUAGUCCAGUACCAGUCAAUGAAAGUUUAGUUCAACCUACUAGGAAUGUAAGAGAACAAAAACCUAUUCCUGAACUUGGUGAUCCGCCUGAAUUUACCAAGUAAGAUCAUUUGUUUUUUAUUUUGUUUAACUGAAAACAUGACAGUUAGGAUAUUAUUUUUCAACUAAUAAUCAAUAAUAACAUUGGGUUCUUAUAAGCUAUAAUAUGUGUUUUAAGUAACCUAUGUAAUGAAUGGGAAGACAGGUGAGGAUCUCUUGCUAAGAAAUGAGAACCAUACAUUGAAUAAAUCACUUGUGAAUUUCCAUCAUUUGUUCUUCACUGUUAUAAAUUGUCGUUUGAAUGCUUACCAACUGUUAGUCAUGUACAAUCAUGAACAAUCAUAACACGAUCUCUUGUUAUAACUGUAAACAUUUACAACCUACCGUAAUGUAUAUUAUUAAAACAUUUUUAAAAACAAUCAAAUCAGUAUGGUGUAUGCUACCGACGUCGACAAAUAGAAUUAGUAUGUGCUAAUAAUCGAAAGUGAAGGUUACGAAGAUCGAAGAGAAGAGAACGAGAACCGAGACCACUCACCACCAUUCUCCAUCCAACUCUGUCCCGAGCAUUCCUUUCAAGCUGUUUCCAGUUGCUAUUCAUUCUUUUUAGGUCUGCUUUUAAUUCUCAUUGCGAUGGGUUCCCUGGUCUUCCUCCUUUCCGUUUUUAUUCAGACUUCCAAGUUAUCGCUUGCUUCGUGAUACAGUUUGAUAAUUUCCUCAAUAUAUGUCCUAAUUAUUUCUAACUUCUUUUUCUAGUCUCCUAUUCAACUGGAAAUUGGUUUGUUUCCUCCUACAGUAGGAUGUUUUCUGAUGGUAUCCAAUCAACGGACAGUGAGAAAGUUCUCUGAUACUCUUUUUUAAACAAAAUAUCUUAACAAUCUAGUUAACUACACAAUUUAAUAUCUAAACAUUCAUGAACUUCCAUUCUGAAAUACGAAGUAGUAGUAGUAGUAGUAGUAGUAGUAGAAGAAGAAGAC